AUGAAGGCCCUGGUCCUGCUUUUCCUGCUGUCUGCGGGCACAGCCAGCGCUGCCGUCUCACCCCGGGCCGUAUGGCAGCUUCGCAGCAUGCUCAAAUGCACCAUGCCGGACAGCCAUCCUCUGCUGGAAUUUGCUGACUACGGCUGCUACUGCGGCUUGGGAGGCCACGGGACACCAGUGGAUGAGCUUGACAGGUGCUGUCAAGCACAUGAUGGCUGCUACUCUCAGGCAAAGAAACUAGAAUCAUGCAAAUUCCUGUGGGACAACCCCUACACAAAGACAUACAGCUUCAGCUGCUCUGGCGAGCAGAUUACGUGUAGCAGCAAGAACACCGAAUGCGAGAUGUUCAUCUGCAACUGCGACCGCACGGCUGCCAUGUGCUUCGCCAAGGCGCCCUACAACCCCGAGCACAGCAGGAUGGACACCAAGAAAUACUGCACCUAG